CGCACAGGCAGACGCGCACAUAACGCUCGCGGCGCUUCCGAGGAGCGGCGGUGAGAUGUCGGUUCGACUGCGGCGGGCCGACUCGACUCCUUUGUGCGUUACGUCGGAGAGGAGCCCGUGCCAUGCGCGCGGCCGGGGGCGCGUCGGAGCUGAAAUAAGGGAGACACGCGGAGGGGCCCCGAUCCGUGCGGGGAUGACUGAGUGGUGACAAAGAAAACCGGGGAGCCCCUCUGGCUUCGGCUCACAGCCGCUUCUACUUGACCGAAGGCGCUUCGAGCAGCCAAAGAUUUGUUUGUUUGUUUGUUUCCGAUCAUCUUUAUUUGCGCAGGAGAACCAUGCCUGUCCGGAGGGGCCAUGUUGCGCCACAAAACACAUUUUUGGGAAUAAUUAUUCGGAAAUUCGAAGGACAAAAUAAGAAAUUUGUCAUCGCAAACGCCCGGGUGCAGAACUGUGCCAUCAUCUACUGUAAUGACGGCUUCUGCGAGAUGACCGGCUUCUCCAGGCCUGACGUCAUGCAGAAGCCGUGCACCUGCGACUUCCUGCAUGGCCAGUUCACCAGCCGGCACGCGGUGGCCCAGGUGGCCCAGGCGCUGCUGGGCUCGGAGGAACGCAAAGUGGAGAUCACCUACCACCGCAAGGACGGUUCCAAGUUCCAGUGCGCCACUCAUAUCAUUCCCGUAAAGAAUGAAGAAGGCGUGGUUAUGAUGUUCAUCCUGAACUUUGACUACAUCCUGGAGGAAGGCAGCAGUGACUCAUUGGAGAGACUUAACCACACCUCACCAUCCAAAGCUGAGCAACGGAGAGGGAGAUUCUUUCGCUUUCGUCUGCCUGCCUUACGUCUCUUGGGUAUCAGCAAGCAGUCUCUGCCACAGGAAGACCCUGAUGCUGUCAUGGUGGAUUCCCCGCGUCAUAGUGAUGGCUCAGUGGUAACACGUGACUAUCCACUACCUACAACACGUGAAAGCUGCAGUCCCUCCUAUGUCAAUGACACCCGUGCCCUCAUUGCCCCCAGCCACUGUUCUACCCCUCUGUCUGGGCCUUUGGACCACUCAUCUCCCAAACACCCUUGGGACCAGUUGUACCCAGACAAGGUCAUUGCCCAGACCCAACGCCCAAGCCAAGAGAACACGCUUAUUGUAGCUCCAUCAAUCGCAGGCCUCACGCCAACUGCUUCCAGAGAGAGCAUGUGUAGUAUCCGUAGAGCCUCUUCAGUACAUGACAUGGAAGGUUUUGGGUCCAACUCUAAGAUGACUUUCAGGGAUCGACAUGCCAGUGAAGGGCCGCUCAGCCAAAUCAAAUCCAGCCUCCUUGGCUCCACCUCUGACUCAAAUCUUAACAAGUACAGCACCAUCAACAAGAUACCGCUCAUCACGCUCAACUUCUCAGAAGUCAAUGACAAGAAAUGUCCCUCCCCUCCAUCCUCUGAGAAAACCAUCAUCGCCCCGAAGGUCAAAGACCGCACGCACAAUGUCACCGACAAAGUAACCCAGGUUCUUUCUCUGGGUGCCGAUGUGCUGCCCGAGUACAAACUCCAAACUCCACGGAUUGACAAAUGGACCAUCCUCCACUAUAGUCCUUUCAAAGCCGUGUGGGACUGGCUGAUCCUGCUGCUGGUUAUCUACACCGCGAUCUUCACGCCGUAUUCUGCCGCCUUCCUCCUCAAUGACAUUGAGGAGCAGAAAAGGAGGGAAUGUGGCUACUCCUGCUCACCGCUCAACGUUGUGGAUCUGAUUGUGGAUAUUAUGUUCAUUGUGGACAUUUUGAUCAACUUCAGGACCACUUAUGUUAACGUCAACGAGGAGGUGGUCAGCCACCCAGCGAAGAUUGCCAUCCAUUACUUCAAAGGCUGGUUCCUCAUAGACAUGGUGGCCGCCAUCCCCUUUGACCUGCUCAUCUUUGGCUCAGGAUCUGAUGAGACAACCACUCUGAUUGGUCUGCUGAAAACGGCUCGUCUCUUACGGCUGGUGCGCGUCGCGCGUAAGCUGGACCGCUAUUCAGAGUAUGGUGCUGCUGUCCUAAUGCUGCUCAUGUGCAUCUUUGCCCUGAUCGCCCACUGGCUGGCCUGCAUUUGGUACGCCAUUGGAAACGUGGAGAAGCCAUACCUGGAACAUAAGAUUGGCUGGCUGGACAACCUGGGCGUGUCAAUAGGGAAAAAAUACAACUACAGUGACCCCAGCUCGGGCCCAUCCAUCAAAGAUAAGUACGUCACAGCGCUGUACUUCACCUUCAGCAGUCUGACCAGUGUAGGCUUUGGGAACGUGUCGCCCAAUACCAACUCUGAGAAGAUCUUUUCCAUCUGCGUCAUGCUCAUUGGAUCUCUGAUGUACGCCAGCAUCUUUGGGAAUGUGUCAGCCAUCAUCCAGAGGUUGUAUUCGGGCACGGCCAGGUAUCACCUCCAGAUGUUGCGGGUCAAAGAAUUCAUCCGCUUCCACCAGAUCCCCAACCCGCUGAGGCAGCGACUCGAGGAGUAUUUCCAGCAUGCCUGGACGUACACCAACGGCAUCGACAUGAAUAUGGUCCUGAAGGGUUUCCCAGAGUGCCUGCAGGCAGAUAUCUGCCUUCACCUCAACAAGAGCCUCCUUCAAGACUGCAAAGCAUUCCGUGGGGCCACGAAAGGAUGCCUUCGGGCCUUGGCCAUGAGGUUUAAGACCACCCAUGCUCCCCCCGGGGACACCUUAGUCCACUGUGGAGAUGUGCUGACUGCGCUCUACUUUGUGUCCCGUGGCUCCAUUGAAAUCCUCAAAGAUGAUGUAGUUGUGGCCAUCUUGGGUAAGAAUGACAUCUUUGGUGAGAUGAUCCACUUGUUUGCCAAACCAGGCAAAUCAUGCGCAGAUGUGCGAGCGCUGAGCUACUGCGACCUCCACACCAUUCAGAGGGAUGAGAUUCUGGAGGUCCUGGAUAUGUAUCCAGAGUUCGCUGACCACUUCCUCACUAACCUGGAACUGACCUUUGACCUCCAUGAUGAAAACGCCAAGACAACGUACCCACAAACCUCUGACUGUAACAUGGAUGACAUCAAAUGUCGAAGACGAGUGUCCUACAGGAGGAAAUCUUCUGCAGGCUCCCACAAGGAGCUGGCGGCCACGGACUACGACACCCGACAGGGGAGACACAUCUACACCUGUUCCGCAGCCGAUCACAGGAGAGAGUCUGCAGCGGAGGGAGAGGAGGAUGAGGAGGAAGAGGAGGAGGAAGGCAGAGAGGAGGAGGAGGAGCAGAAGCCGCUGUGUUCUGGUGUGCUGGGAUACCCGGUGGUUCGAGACCACACCCUGGACAUUGGGCUGAGCGAGGCUGUAGAUGUUGACAAGACACAGAACCCAUCAUAUAAAGCUGUUCAUGCUGGAGAAAAACCCCAGAAGGACAAAUUUCUUUUCAGCAGCGGCUCAGUGAGAGACACACCGGCCGUGGAGGACGACAGCGACACAGUCACCUACGGGGAAGUGGAGCAACGGCUAGACCUGCUGCAGCAGCACCUCAACAGACUGGAGUCCCAGAUGACUGCAGACAUCCAGGCGAUCCUGCAGCUGCUCCAGAAACAAACCGCCAUCGGUCCGCCAGCCUACAGCACAGUCACCUCCAGCCCCGAUUACCAGAGGCCAGCCAUCAGGGUUCAACUGGUGUCUGCCAGCCAGACAGAACUCCGCCUCGGCCCUGCACCACCUCCUUCUCAGAGUUUGUUGCCAGGUACGGCACAGAACAAAUCCAAAGAAUCCUUGCCGGUCCUCCUUCACCAAGAGACUCUACAGGAAGGGAGCUUUUCUGGACUGCGCGAGAGAGACAUGAAGCCAGAUCAGAGACACAAACAAAACAACAUGGACUGCCUGGAGCAACGACGACAGCAGCACCAGCCGGCGAGGUUCUCGCCAGGCCGACAAGCGUCGCUCCCCGACGUCCCGAGCAGCUCAGGAAUGUUGGGACUCCACAGGCCAGUGUCUGACCCGGGGCUUCCAAGAAAGUAGGCCUCCUCCUCCUCCUCACCCUUGGACACUGGCUGAAGGUCUUCUCUCAAGCUUGACUCAGGGUCUAAGAAAGAGACUGAAUAUGCAAAGGAAAAAAAAAAAAACCUCUAGACUUUUUUCCAUUCCUUUUCAGGAUCCCGUCCAAGCCCAGCCCUGCUGAUUAAAUGUGUAAAGUCCAUUUAUACAGAGGUAUUUAUACACUAUAUUAUUAUUAUUAUCUUACUGUAAAGUCAUUGCCCGUGUACAUAUUCCAAAUAGAACACUGCCAGCAACACAAGGCACCUGAUGUGCAUUUUCUAAAAAGCGAUAUGCAUGUUUUCUUUCUGUUGCAUGUUCCACACAAACACUGCAGCGCACCAAGUAAUCAGGUGUGAUCUCAGCAUGCUUACAGACUCCUGUAGCUACAAGUACCGUUUUCUAGAUCUCCUCCCUCUUUGGCAGGGAGAAACCUACUUGAAACUCUUCGAGGCAUUUGUCACUCCUUCACACACACACACACACACACACA